UCCAUUCUCUUUUUCUAUCUAAUUACAAUAAAUUAAUGAACAUUGCCCCAUCAUACGUUUUGUGUUUUUAUCCGAUAUAAUUGCCGUUUGAACCACAUUUCCCAGAAUGCACUGAGCGGGGUUAUAGGUUAUUCGGACAAGAGUAGUUCUCCGCACAACUGCAGCCCGCUAAUACUGUCUAAUUAGGACUUUGGACCCUUUAUUGUGCAACAUUUCUCUUUAUCUCACACAUGUAUAUGAGCUGACGGGCUCCACUCAGUCUGCAUGAGAGACGGCGACGGUGCCGCUGUGCGGAACGACAACAAUCACCCCGUCCCGUUGGACUGCUGCGGAGGGCUCAACAACAUCGACUACUCCAAGAUGGACUUAUCCCUGAUGGAAGAAGUUCUAAAACACAUUAAUGUCUGUGACCCCAGCUUUUGUGUCGCUGUGAUCGCCAUCGUUUUCAACCCUCUCUUCUGGAAUCUGGUGGCGAGAUGGGAGCAUCGUACUCGGCGACUCUCCGGACUCUUUGGAAGCCCCCGCUUGGCCUGUUACUGCCUGGGCUUUGUCAUCAUUUUGCUCAAUGUUUACCGCAGCCACAGUAUGACGGUGGCUAUGAAGGCCCAGGCCAGGUGGGAGAUGAUGGACAGGACCAUUGUUUUCUACACGGGGAUAGCUCUCAUGGCAAUUGGCUCUCUACUGGUGGUCAGCAGCUUCUUCGCUCUGGGAUUCACGGGAACCUUCCUAGGUGACUACUUUGGCAUCCUGAUGGAUGAGAAGGUGACAGGGUUUCCCUUCAGCAUCACAGAGAACCCGAUGUACUGGGGCAGCACUGCGAACUACCUCGGCCUGGCACUUGUUGGUGCCAGUCCUGUCGGUUUAGUGCUGACUGCUGUAGUGGCCGUGGCUUACAAGGUGGCAAUAAAGUUUGAGGGACCAUUCACUGAACGGAUCUAUCAGGAGAGGAGUCAGCGCCGCAAGCGUGAGUAAUCCCCCCUCCCGCCCAGACACUUCCUGCUCCACGUUUGGCUGAGGAUUCCCAUCCGGUCACAUGGACGGACGGACGGACGGAGCGAGCGACAGCACUGGUCAUUAAUCGACCUCCAGCAUAGAUACGAGAGAAAUGUUCACGAUACAGAUCCAAGUGUUCCUCUUCUAAUUUAGUUCAAGUUCCUUUAAUGAACGAGGAAGCAGGGUGCAUUAAUUCUCCUUAUUCUGAACCUGGAGAUGGUUUUGUGUUGUAUUGUGUAGAGAUUGUUAAGUUGAUGGAAUAGCGUGUUGUUCUGGAGAAUAUUGACAACAAAUCAGUGUUAAAGGGCAAAUCCACCAGUUUUAAACUACUCUACUCUACCGUAGUCUUAAAAUACUUGUACGGUUGUGUGAGGAGAAAAGGCUGAAGAGGGAGAUGUAAAUGUGGCUCAUAGACGGUUUCAUGUCAACAGCUGUAAAUUAGCACUAAAACGACCGGUUGACUAAAGGUAGGAAACACAAUGAAAAGAUGGGGUCAGCUAAAAGAAAACCUCUAUGUGACAUAAGUUCAGUAUUUUGCAACGGUUUAGAUUCCAGGACACAGCAAACACCAAAUCCAUUGUCCCAAAUCUUUGUUUUGUUUUUUUGUUUAUUUUUUUUUCUUUACUGUGUUUUGACCUACAGGAACUGUGACGUUUUUGACACAUGAUUGUGUAAAUUGCUCAGGGAUACGAACAGCCUCACUCCUUCAUCUCUAACAAAGUUCUUGAUUCAUCUCAAAUUUCAGUUCUGCCCACAUUUGUGCAUUUCUAUUAAUAGGAGUUCUUUAUGUAAUAAAAGCGUGAUUGGAUGUAUGAA